AUGACAGGGUCGGAAGAGGUGGCGGUGCUGCCAGAGGCGCUUCGGCGAAUCACCGCCCUAAGCAUCAUGGACUGUCCAGCACCGCGUGACUUCGGUGUGCAUAUUGAAGUGGAACAGGGACAGUAUCUGGCCUCGGCAUCAACAACAGACCUGAUCGAACUCAUAGGUGCUAUUCGGCAGCAGUACAUGCAAUUGGUUGCAGAGGCCUGUACGGCUCGUGAUUGUUCAACUACAGCGGAUAUAUCCAAAGUACACGAAAAACUGGAAGCAUUGUCGCUUCCAAUUGUGGAGCUACAGAAGGGUAUUCGUAGUAAAACAGCACAGACUGUACGUGUGGCGUUGCGCGUUUAUCUGGCGAACGAGGUGGAGGCGCGGAGGCGGGCCCUUUCACGCAUGAAGGCAGCGCUGAGUAUAGCGAAGCAGACAGUAUAA